GCGAAAGAUGCGGUCAUUUUUCGCCGUGGCACUUCCCCAAAACGGCAACAGCCAAAACAAGCGACGGCCAACCAACCAACACGCCAACUAUUCCACCAACACACCAGCACACGCAGCGUCGUCCGGCCGCUUGCUGUUUUGGGUUUUGUUGUUGUCUCAUCGCCUCCAAAGUCCAAGGUGAAGAACGUGAGCGCCAUGCCAAGGCAAGUCGGCGCGGCAGGCGGCGAUCAACAGCCCCUCUCAUCGUCAGCAACAACACCAACAACAACAACAACAACACCAACAGCAACAACAGCAAUAGCAACAACAGUACCAAUACCAACAAUACCAACAACACCGCCAACACCAGCUUCUACCCCGACACAGCACCGCUUUGGUGGCCCAAGCGUGUAUGAUUCCACACAACAACAACCGCAGCAGCACCAGCAGGUGUCAUCCAUUCCAUCAUCGUCGCUUCGCUCGGCAGGAGCCCAGAGCUCCUUCCUGCCACCUGCCUUGAGCCAGCCCGACUUUCCGCGCUCCAGCUCUGCACAGGGCGUGUACGACACCCUGUUCAGCCCAACGUCUUCCGCAAUGCCGCAAGGGCAGCCGUGGCAGGCCGCCAGCCCCACCUACUCGAUCCCAGGCACAGGCCAGCUUGGUGCAAGUGACAUGGUGUCCGCAAUUGUCACGGCUGCCCCCACCAUGAACCCGGCACUGGCCAGCUUUCCCAUGAACAGAGGGUACUAUGACCCAGCCAUGCUGGCAGAUGCCGGUGGCAUGCCCGCACGACCCAAGAAGCACAAGCGAAAGAAGGCCAAGAAGCAGAAGAAGCGCCGCAAGCGGUCGAAGCCACACUCGCCGGAAAGCGUGCCCGAUGCCAGCGGUGGUGUCUACUCCUAUGACCCGAUGGUCAUGUCACCCGCUGGCAUGCAUGCCCAAUUUCCCGCUUAUGGGCAGUCGUCAUCAUCGUCAUCUGCAGCAGCAGCAGCGUACCGCGGGCAGCAGCAGCACUACGCUUAUCCCCAUCCCGUGGCAGCUGGUGUAUCGGGUGAGUACAUGGCUUCAUCGCCCAACCCGGCAGGCCUGACGCCCGCCCAUCGUGGUUACCGCACGCCUCCGUCUGGCGCUCCCCCCUCCAUGACCAUGGACCCGUACCAGCCUCAGCAGAGGGACUUUCAGCAAGGAACAUUCUCGUUCCAUCCACAUGUGCCCAACAUGCAACAACAACAACAACAACAGCAGCAGCAGCAGCAGCAGCAGCAGCACAAGAAGGGUGGGAAUGGACGCGGCAGCGCGGGUGCCGUGAAUGGCGGUGAUGAUGAUGACGGCGACGACGACGACGAUGAUGAUGAUGAGGCCAUGUUUGGCACGGCACAGAGCGAGCUGCUGCAAGGGCCUGGCAUACACCGCAGCCGCCAGCAUCAAUCAAAGUCAUCGGUGUCAAAUGCCAACCCAGACGCCACCACGGCACCCAAGCAGCCUAACCAGGGCGGCACUGUUGCGUCGACAGCCACGCCGACGGUCAACCACCCUCCACCCGCGCGCACGUCAAAGCUGCCGCAGAACCGGCGGGGCAAGGUGCAGAUCAAGUACAUUGAGAACGCGCCGAAGCGGUACGUGUGCUUCACCAAGCGCAAGGCUGGCCUGAUGAAGAAGGCCCAUGAGCUGAGCGUGCUGACGGGCACGGAGGUGCUACUUGUGAUUGCGUCUCCGGCAGGAAGCAUCUUCACCUUCUCGACACCGCGGCUGCGACCCCUCAUCGCAAAGCCAGCAAACCGGGAGCGGCUGCAGCGGUACCUGUGCUGCGAUGUCGACGAUGACGGUGUGCGCAUCCCCAUGUCCGAUGACAGCGAUUAUGAGGACGAUGCAGAGUUUGAGGCUAACACGCGCAACCGUUCGGGCGCUAACCAGACCUCUGGCCCACAGGGAGAAGCGUGA